UCGUAUUCGUGUUGCUUCGAGUGAGAUUCGAUUGUGCUAAGUUUACGGAAUGCUUUUCCAAAAAUAUUGCCGAAAGAAAAAAGUUGAAGUGAAGCCUGGUGCUAUUUUGGACCAAGUAAUUUCGCAGUCCUCAUCUACUGCGAACAAAUGCCUAUUGUACAAAUUGGCGAACUACAAACGAGGUGGUGACCUCAUUGACGCUAUCCAAACCGGUGGGCAAAUUGCUGUAGAGCAACUAAUCCGUGAACAAUUCAGCGUGUUCAUGUAUAAUGGCGGUCGAGGACAGAUUAUCAACAGGGCGGAAUUUCUGCGUUGGAAAUAUCGAGAUAAUUGCGAAGUUAUAAUUCCAAUAGAGGCUUCCUUGUCUUAUCAUGAUCCGCUUGGAAAAUGGCAGGACCAUAAGGCAUGCUGGCAAAUGCAAUAUCGAGGCUCAUUGGGAGAGAGUUUAUUACAUGUUCUCAUAAUUUGUGACACGAAAAUUCAUACCAAAUUGGCAAGAAUUCUUCUGCGAAUAUUCCCUAUUUUGGCACUCGACGUUAUGGAAGGAGAAGAAUAUCUGGGAGCAAGUGCCCUCCAUUUAGCCAUUGCUUACAGUAAUAAUGAGUUGGUUGCUGACCUUGUUGAAGCGGGAGCUAUAGUUAAUCAACGCGCAAUUGGCAGCUUUUUCCUGCCACGGGACCAGCAAAGAUCAAAGCCAGCGAAAUGUACAGAUUAUGAGGGUUUGGCAUAUUUGGGCGAGUACCCUUUGGCAUGGGCUGCAUGUUGUGCUAAUGAAAGUGUCUACAAUUUACUACUAGAGAACGGGGCGGAUCCAGAUUUGCAAGAUUCUUUGGGUAACAUGAUAUUGCACAUGGUUGUUGUCUGCGAUAAAUUGGAUAUGUUCGGCUAUGCUUUGCGUCACCCUCGACAUCCAGCGCGGAACGGAAUAGUCAACACAGCUGGCUUAACACCUCUAACGUUAGCUUGUAAACUUGGCCGCGCUGAAGUUUUCCGUGAAAUGUUGGAGCUAUCAUCUCGCGAAUUUUGGAGGUAUAGUAACAUAACUUGCUCCGGAUACCCGUUAAACGCUUUAGACACACUUUUGCCUGAUGGCAGAACUAUGACCUUAAUCCUAGAUUGGAACUCAGCCCUGUUCAUAAUUUUGAAUGGAACGAAGGAGGAACAUUUAGAUAUGCUAGACGGGGGAAUAAUUCAGCGGCUGCUCGAAGAAAAGUGGAAAACAUUUGCAAGAAAUCAAUUUCUUAAAAGACUUCUUAUACUUUUCAUACAUUUAUUCUUUCUAUCGAUAUCUGUUUACCUAAGGCCAGUUUCAGAAAACGUAGAAAACCGGCAUUACACUGUGGAAUCAAAUGACAAAGAAGGAAUUGAUGUUAAAAAAAUAAUUCGUUACUGUUGUGAACUAGCUACAAUUGCCGGCGUGCUGAGCUAUGUUAUCUUUCAGCAAGGAGAUGAAGUUAAAAACCAAGGGAUAACCGCUUUCUUGAAACAAUUGUCACACGCUCCAGCCAAAGCCAUUUUUCUCGUAUCAAAUUUGUUGAUUUUGGCUUGCAUCCCUUUUCGAAUAAUAGGUGACACAGACACCGAAGAAGCAAUUUUAGUAUUCGCAGUUCCUGGUAGUUGGUUUCUUCUAAUGUUUUUUGCAGGGGCUGUCCGCCUAACCGGUCCGUUUGUGACAAUGAUAUAUUCCAUGUUGACUGGUGAUAUGUUCACGUUUGGAAUAAUCUACACUAUCGUUCUCGUUGGAUUUUCUCAGGCAUUUUUCUUUUUAUUUAAAGGGCAUCCUCAGAUCCAGUCAACCCUUUUCAAUACUUAUCCGAGUACGUGGAUGGCACUUUUUCAGACGACGUUAGGAGAUUACAAUUAUCCUGAUUUAAACAACACGUCCUAUCCAAAUCUUGCGAAGACUGUCUUUGUUAUAUUUAUGAUAUUUGUCCCCAUUCUUCUGCUCAACAUGUUGAUUGCUAUGAUGGGUAAUACGUACGCGCACGUCAUCGAACAGUCGGAAAAAGAAUGGAUGAAACAGUGGGCAAAAAUUGUUGUAACUUUGGAACGUGCAAUUCCCCAAGCAGAUGCUCAAAAAUAUCUCGAAGCCUAUUCAAUUCCCCUGGGCCCUUCCGAUGAUUCAGGCUUCGAACAACGUGGCGUUAUGGUUAUUAAAAGCAAAAGUAAGACCCGAGCCAAGCAACGAAAAGGUGCUGUCAGUAAUUGGAAGAGAGUUGGUCGAGUAACGCUCAGUGCCCUGAAGAAGCGCGGGAUGACUGGCGAGGAGCUGAGACGAAUUAUGUGGGGAAGAGCAUCAAUAACCAGUCCUACUAAAGUUUCAAAGAAGAAGUUGAAGGACCCAUACAAUAUAUUUUGCGGCACAAAUAAUGCCAUUGGAACUGCGAUCGACGUGAUGUCAUUCACACAUGAUAUUGUACUAUGCGCAGAAAAUCCAGAACAAGAGCAAAAUAUUAACAAUUCCAAACCGGCCGCGAAUAUCGCGAUUGGAAAACCGGUAAUUAACACAACUGUAAAUCGCACCUCCUCGUCUGUUAUAGAUCCUCUUCGUGAACUUGUUCUAAUGUCGGAAACUGGGACGUCCACGGAUACCAAUUAUUUAAAUAGUGUCCAGCAGCUAGCGAAUCAGGCAUCGAUAUUAGUUCAAGCAGUGCCAGCUAUUCCAGAUAUUUGCAAUUCGAGCAGUACGAAAGCUACGUCACCAAAACAUACUCAAUUGCAAACGGGUACCGAAAUUACGAACAUGUCGUCAAUUUUUCAAGAUCCUAAAGACAUAAUUGAUCCGAAGAAGGAAAAGGCUUUUCUGAAACAACUAGAAGUUCUUGAAGAUACAGAAGAUAGUGAUGGGUUCAUCGAAAGACCAAUACUUGGGAAAAUCUCAUUAAUUCGUCGAGCAAAAUCAGCUGUGACUAGAACGUCGUUCGCGAAGAAAGCGAAUAAUCAGCAUCCACUGUUAAACUUAGCAUGGGACCAACAGCGUAACGGCCCCGAAGAAGGAACCGCAGAUGUUAGAGCAUGUAUACAACUUGAUGGCGAAUCUAAUAAAGAGGGGAGAGAUACAUUUGUCACUACUGAACCGAGUGAGCCGGUAGCAGUCAGUGAUGUUAGGAGAAAAGUUGAGCAGCUUCAUCUGAAAGAACGUCAGUCCCAACCUUCCGAAUGCAAAGUAUCCAAAACUAAUCGAGUGAGGGGUAACAAGAACAGGAUAUCUCCGGAUAACAUCGAAAAGAAAGCUGCAUCCAAAAGAGGAAAGUCCGCUCCUAAUCAGUUCAAAUGCACAAGAAACUCACCGCCAGAUCCACUAGAACCCUGGAGUACUCGUGAACUAACGAACAUUAACAAAAUUUUGGAAUCAUAAAAUAGACAAACGUUCACAUGGGUGUUUUCUUCAUUUUCUAUUAUAUUUUUAGGAGAUUUUAACUCGAAACCACAUAAAUAAUAAUGUGAAACAGAAACAACUUUUAUUUCAGAAAAAUUAUUUAAUGAUAAUAUUUAUUGAUUAGUGGUGCAAAUAUUGAUCAUUAUUACUAGCAACUCUUUGCUAUUUUUCACGUUUUUUUCUAAAUUUAUUCACUUAAAUGCAAAACAUAAUAUUACCAUCAAAGAAAUCUAAAAAAUGGAUUAUAAAUUAUAUUGACUUUGAAAGCCAUCACAGUUAAUAAUUAUUGAUAGAUAAAAUUGAAUAAAUCACUAUAAACUCAAACACAGCGGAAGGCGACAACUAUUCGCCGAAAUAUGAAUACUUGCAAAAAUAAAAAAAA